CAUUUAUGCAUUAAAUUUUAAACAAGGCUUCGUUUUAUACAACUUUAUCAUUGACAGAUGUUGUAAAUAACAUAUGACAGAUUUUGUAAAUAACAUAUACCGUAAAUUAACUUGUAAUUCAAUUUUAAAUUCAUACGUGUAUAUGAACAUAUAACGGAUAAUUAUGUCAGGGAAACUUUCAAACAAGAAGAGACCAUGGUAUAUCAGCUGGGACGAAUAUUUUAUGGGAGUAGCUCUUAUAACUGCUCAAAGGAGCAAAGAUCCAGUAACUCAGGUUGGCUCUUGUAUAGUGAAUGCCGAUAAACGGAUCAUAAGUACUGGGUAUAAUGGUAUGCCAAAUGGAUGUAGUGAUGACACCAUGCCAUGGGGAAAGCACCAACCAGAUAAACUAAGAAAUAAACAACUUUACGUUUGUCAUUCAGAAAUGAACGCCAUUUUAAAUAAAAUUUCUUCGGACGUCCGUGGCUGUACUAUAUACGUGACAUUAUUCCCUUGUAAUCAGUGUGCCAAAAUCAUUAUACAGGCGGGGAUAAAGGAAGUUGUGUAUUAUGACGACAAACAUCACUAUAAAAUAGAAACAAAAGCUUCGAAACAUAUGUUGGAAACGGCCGGCGUCAAAACAAGGCAAUAUGCACCGUCGCAGCUAAAACUGAGGAUUGGACAUAUAGAAAGCAAACUUUGAUAUGUUUUAAAGUGGAAAUUAAAAGACGAUGCGAUAACGGAAAGCGGUCAUGUUUGAUGCAAGAAAAAUAUUUUCAGUCAAACACACAAACUGCAAAAUCAGCUAAGAUAUGAGAUCCAAAAUUGUUGUGAUGGUGUAUGAUCUAAGUUUCAAUGACAAAUUCUGCCAUGUUAUCAUUUCAUUAUAAAAACUGCUACCCACAUGUCAAACAUAGAACUGUCAUGUGAUUUCAGCAGAAACAUUGCAAAGAAAAUAAGGAAAAUAGCUCUACAGAGCAAAAUAAACCCUGAGGACUUUUUAAACCCGCCAUUAUACAACAACCAUUUUUUUUCGCGCAAUUUUCCUAUAAGAUUGAACCUGAACCAUUAAUGAAAUUAACAUUUGCAAAGGCAACAACCGACAGGCAACAACGGAAACAGGAGGCCGUCAAGUCCUACUUGUAUGGUGCUAGGAUAACGAAAAAUCGAAAACCAUCAUCGCCAGAACAACUUCAGGCUCUCACAGAAGUGAUUGGUGGUAGAAAUCGGAAAUUUCCAUUUGCGUAUCUGUGUAAAAAACAAUCUUCAGAAAUAAAUGACACAGUGUUUGGUGACAUUCCUGUUGGCUCCCCACUGAGUUUUCAACUGCGUUACUAUCAUAGUUCAUCAAUUGAAUUCUCAGCAUAUCUACCUAGUAUUGUAGAUAUCGUCAUUGAAGAGACCUUGUGUUUUCCAGAUAUACCUAUACCACAACCAAAUUUAAAUAUUGACAUUUCCAAUGUUGACACUUCUACCAAGGACUUUCUCUCUACCAUGGACGUAACAGACAAAAUGGCUAAAGAAAUAGAACAGUCAACGAUUGCUCAAUCAAAAACGUAGCUGUGGCACGAUAUGCGCCAAAAUAGACUUACAGCUUCACGAUUUGGUGAAAUAUUGAAUAGAAAAAGUGCACCCAGUGAAGCAUUUUUGAGAAAUAUUUUUUCCCGUAAAAAUUUUAAAAAUGUACCAGCUAUUUCUCACGGAACAGAGAAAGAAGAAACUGCACGGAAAAUGUACACACGGAAGAUGAAAAAAGUUGUCAAGGAUAACAUCAACGUACUGGAUUAUUAAUAAAAUCGUGUUGUGGAUAUCUAGGUGCUUCCCCUAAUACCCCAGUCACACAUACGGCGCGGAAUGCUACGUCUAGCCACGGAUAAAAACGUAGUAAUCCGUAUCGACCCGUAUUGAAACGUACCUGAGACGUACCUUAAUGUAGUAAGCCGUAUCAAUUCGUAGCAAUUCGUACGGCUCAGGUACGGACCGAUACGGGUUACUACGUUUCUAUCCGUAGCUCGACGUAGCUAUUUGCGCCGUAUGUGUGACUGUGGUAUUACGGAAAAGUUGUCGACAGAUCCAGCUAUUAUCAUUAUGGACUUCUAGAAAUAAAAUGUCCUUACAAGUACAGGAAUGUGACACCUGCAGAAGCAGCAGACAACAAUGACUGUUGUUUAGAGAAUAUAAAUGGGGAAUUAAGAUUAAAAAGGAAUCAUAAUUAUUUCUUCCAGGUAAUUGGCCAAAAGGCACUGGCUGGGCUCAAUUGUUGUGACUUUGUGGUGUUCACAAACAAAGGAUUAUUUGUAGAAAGAAUUUAUUUCGAUAAAUUUGUUUGGGAAGACAUAUUUGCUAAAUUAGCACAAUUUUACAUUAAUGUUGCAGUUCCAUACUUGAAAUCUACAGACAUAAACUAAUCAGGCUCAUCUUGUGCUGUAGUAAUGAUAAGAUCUUGAAAGUUAGACAGCAGACAACAAACAGUCCAAAUUUGGUUGACAACACCAGCAGAUUUUAUCGGUAGCUUUCGGUCAAAUAUGCGGAAAUUAUGCACUUUUCCAAUUGCUCUUUCGACGUGUGUGCGGUGUUGUGCAAUAACAUGUGUGUCUUGAACAUCAGCCGUAGAUGAUCGUUUCCGUUUACCCCAAAAUGGUGGUAUGUUCAGUCGAAUCCAAUUUCAGACAGUUCCAGUUUUAGUUUUAAAAGAUCAAAUAGGCCACUUCAUUGACAUAUAGCUUUGUCUGAUAUACCUCCUGUGUACAGGUGAGACACAAACAUGAUUCCACCUCUGCUAUCCACAACAAUAAGACUUUUAAAUGUAUUAGUCGAUUUAUAUUCCGAAUAUGUCUGAGAUUUUCUUACUAACGAUGAUGGCAUUUCAAUUUUUAGUUCUGUACAGUCGAUAAUAAGCAUUGUACUAGGGUACUAGUAUUGCUUUUUAAAUUCAGGUAUCAUAUACUUUGAAAUAAUGUCUCUAUGAGGAAAUACCACUAUAGAGCCGAGUACAACGUACAUUAAAUUCACCCAAGUAUUAAAUAUCUUUGUUACAGCACAUGAUUAAAUCCUUAUUAAGUAAUCCCAAUCUUAAUUUCAUUAAUGUUAACAAAAACUCAUCUUCAAGCGACAGUUUGUGUAAUCUGAAUGGUUGCUUUAAGUCUUUAUCCUCAUCACCACUGUCCACGCUCACACACUCGUCAUCAUCGGAAUCAAAAUAAUCAGCACCACGUGUAAAUUGAUUUGGAUUGCGUCUAUCACAAUAAAUUAUUCGACUUCUGUCUUUAUUUGGAACAAGCAUCUGUAGAACAGUAUUGAACAUAGUUAAAUUGGGAAAUCCUGUGUAGAACUGCAUUAAUUUCAGUUUUGGGUUUGAUUCAAUUAUGUUUUUCAGUGAGAACUGAUGGUUGCAAAUAUUUGGUAUGUCAGUCUGGGUUUCAGCAUGAACCCUUUCAUCGUUUUCUGACGCAGUGUCAGUGUCGCUGUCUUCUAGGCUCCUCUUCUUUGGGGACUUCCGUGUUCGUGUUUUCGUCCACGGAAAUACAGAUGGUGUAGCACUAUGUAACAGGGUUCUUCUUGGUGUGUCAUAGUAGUGAAAAUCUUCUUUUUUGAAGUGUUUGCUGCAAAUUCUUGUUGAUUUUUUAUAACAAAGUCGUCCUUUGAUGUUUCACCUGCACGACGUAUUCUUUCCUUCCACACCUAUCUAAAUAUGUUAACAUUAUUAACUUUUAUUGUUAUCUGGUAUCUACAUGUAAUAUUUUUCAGAUAGUGCCACAUAACUAUACAUGAUACAAUUUCGAUAAAUUUAUACGUUGUGCUGUGAAAAAAAAAUAUUGUUAGAAGUUAGUGUUAAGGUGUAUUACUAGUAUAUUUCAUUAUGUUAUGACUAUAAAUAAAGAUAAAACA